AGAACAUGGCGGAAGCGGAGUGAAGGAUUUGUACGCCAAGAGGGUGAAAGAAUCAUUCCACAGCUAUGGAGAAUGAACCAAGUACAACAACAUCUUCCACAUGCACAACGACCGUUGCCACAACAUCUUCUCCCUCCCGUACACAGCCACCUCAGAUAUCUGUCUAUAGUGGCUCAGAUCGACAUGCUGUGCAGGUUAUUCAGCAGGCCUUGCAUCGUCCUCCUAGCUCUGCAGCACAGUACCUUCAGCAGAUGUAUGCAGCUCAGCAGCAGCAUCUAAUGUUACAAACCGCUGCUUUGCAACAGCAGCAUUUGAGCAGCACCCAGUUCCAGAGUCUGGCCAGCGUUCCACAGGCAAAUCUAUCAGGUGGGAGGCAGUGUGCAUCUCCCAAUGGCAGCGUCACUCAACAGUCAAGCAUGUCAGAGACUUCGAUUAAUCUCUCUGCUUCUCCUACACCUGCACAGCUAAUAAGCCGUUCACAGACCUCCAACACUAGUAGCAGCAGUCUUACCCAACAGACCAUGUUACUAGGGAGCACCUCUCCUAGUCUCACUGCAAGCCAGGCUCAGAUGUACCUCCGAGCUCAAAUGCUGAUUUUUACACCUGCUACCACUGUGGCGGCUGUCCAGUCUGACAUUCCUGUUGUGUCGUCAUCAUCUUCGUUUCCUUGUCAGUCUGCAGCUACUCAGGUCCAGAAUUUGACAUUGCGCAGCCAGAAGCUGGGUGUAUUGUCUAGUUCACAGAACGGCUCUCCAAAAAGCAGUAAUCAAGCCCAGACACUAGCAGUGUGCCCGAAUAAGCCUAUAACUAAUACCAAAGGCAGUCAGUCAGAUCCUCCAGAAAGCAAAAGAAAAGGAGACAGCCCAACUGCAGAGCCUCGGAGCCCAGCUGUUACGCGUACCUCAAGUAUUCAUCAGCUCAUAGCACCAGCUUCAUAUUCUCCAAUCCAACCUCAUUCUCUACUAAAGCAUCAACAGUCCUCUCUUCAUUCACCACCUUCAAAAAUUUCCCAUCAUCAGCUGAUCUUCCAGCAGCAGCAAGUUCAACCAAUCACACUCCAACUUCCUUCCCAUCAGGAAGCAUCUUCUUCACAACAUUGUGUACCACUCCAGGGCCAUGCUCUUCCUUCAACUCCCAGCAAUACCCUAUCACAGCACUGUACACCCAUUCACAUCCAUCCUCCUCCUCUUCCUCCUCCACUUUCUCCAACCCCAUCCCAGUCCUCACAGCAAUCAGUGGUUGUAUCUCCCCCACCACCUCCUUCACCAAGCCAGUCGCCAACUAUAAUUAUUCACCCCCAAGCUCUUAUUCACUCACAGUCACAUCCACUAGCAUCGUCAACACUUCAGUCAGAACAUAACACAGCACAGGCCGAUGAUAGCCCAACAGAACCAAUAUCACAGUCCACUAAUCUUCCACCUCAACUGCCACCUUCUCCAGUAGUACACAUUGGCUCAGCAGAUCAGCCUUCCAUGGUGUCCACAGGCCAGCAGAUAACAUCUCCGACACCUUAUCAACAGUAUCCAACUUUGCAGCCCACACCAAUUCCAGCUGCAACCUCUCCACAGCUGUCAACAACUCCAACCCACAAUCAGCCUCUCCCCCUUUCUCCUGUUCAGUCUCUACAAGUACAGCCUGAAAUGUUGUCCCAGGGUCAGGUUUUGGUACAAAACACAUUGGUUUCCGAGGAGGAGCUUCCUGCUGCUGAAGCUUUAGUCCAGCUGCCAUUUCAGUCCCUUCCUCCUCCUCAGACAAUUGCAGUAAACCUUCAAGUGCAGCAAGCAGUACCCGUUGAAACCCCAGUGAUUUAUCAAGUGGAGGAGAUGUGUGAGGAAGAGAUGCCAGAGGAAUCAGAAUGUGACCGUAUGGCUCAGACCCCCACUCCACCAACCUUGUCACCACCAGCUAUAACCUUAAGAAACAGAGAAGAACUAGCCUAUGAGGAGCCUUUUCCAGAACAAGAGGGACAUCCUUCAGGGGCCUCAUCUGUCAGCGCUUCUGUAAUUAAAUCACCAUCAGACCCUUCACAUGCCUCUAUUACACAACCACCUCUUUUGCUUCCUGCAGUUGCAACAAGGAGUAACAGCGCAUCAGUGUCUAAUAGGAACCCUAGCAUAGAAAACAAACUCCCACAAGCAAUCGUUAAGCCACAAAUCCUUACCCAUGUUAUUGAGGGUUUUGUGAUCCAAGAGGGCUUAGAACCAUUUCCUGUAAGUUGUUCAUCUCUUCUGGUUGAGCAGCCUGCAAAAAAGAGACUCCUGGUGGAGGGCCAGGUGAUGAAUGUAAUGUGUGUUGAGCCAGAGCUACAGAACAAUGCAAAACAUGCAGACAACUCCUCAGACACAGAGCUGGAGGAUAUAAUUACUGAAGAGGGACUAGAUGAGAUGGAAACUGAUCUCCUUAAGUGUGAGUUUUGUGGGAAAAUGGGAUAUGCGAACAAGUUCUUGCGGUCGAAGAGGUUCUGCUCCAUGUCCUGUGCCAAGAGAUACAACGUCAGUUGCAGUAAGAAAUUUGCAUUAUACACAUCAGACAAGAGCAGUCGUUGGAACCGGAGCCCAGAUGGUCAAAGCUUUGGGCGACGCGGGCGACGGCCAAGCGCCUCUGACGGACCUCCAAGAGAACACUUCCUCAGACAGCUUCCAAUUACUUAUCCAUCUGCAGAAGAAGACUUGGCUUCUCAGGAAGACAAUGUGCCGGUUGCCAUGACCACUCGCCUGCGAAGGCAAAGUGAGAGGGAAAGAGAGCGUGAGCUUAGGGAAUUGAGAAUUAGGAAAACGACAGACAACAUGGAUUUGUUACCAGCCGUACAAUCUAACCCAUCAGUAUGGACCGUUGAAGAUGUUUGGGCCUUCAUCCAUUCUUUGCCUGGUUGUCAAGACAUUGCUGAUGAAUUUCGAGCCCAGGAGAUUGAUGGGCAAGCUCUUCUCUUACUAAAAGAGGAUCAUCUCAUGAGUGCAAUGAAUAUUAAGCUAGGACCUGCGCUGAAAAUUUGUGCACGGAUCAAUUCCUUGAAGGAGUCGUAGUGGAAAACUAAGGCUUUAAACCACAGCUUCCAAUAGAUGGCAGACCUGAAAUGUAAUAAGCCAGCAUCUUAAUGUUUGAUGUGGUUAUUACUGCUGUGUUUUGCUAAGUAUCUUUUUCCACAUAAGACUGUUGGAGGAGCAUAUGUAAUGUAAGCCUCUGAACCUUCUAGUAGUUAUCCAGCUUAUCAGGAAGCAUAAGCUGUGGGAAAUUGUUGUAGUCAAAUGCAGGACAAGGUAGAGUCAGUGGAAAGCUCUAUGAAGUGUUUGUAAAAUGUUGUGGGUGAUGCUUAUUCCCAAAAGGCAGUUAUUUACCAUACAAGAUUUAAACAUUUUUUAAAAAUAUAUAGCCUUGAUUACAGUUUUAAAUUGUGUUUCUAUACACUUUUUUCCUUUGUAGAAAGCUUUUUAAGAAUACGGAUUAACAGAAGAGUCCACAGAGUCUGUGGAAGCAUUGAUUAUGGUAAAAUGCUAUGCAUUUAAUUGUGCUCUUUGAGUUUCAAUUAACCUUGAGUGUACAGUUUGAAGGGAACUUGCAACUGACCUCCUCUUCUCUCAUAACCCUGCAGCUCACCCACCAAUAGAGUAUUUUCUUCAAGUGCAGAAGCUUUUAUGUAAACAUGUGAGACAUUUUGUGAACACAACAAACUUUCCACUAUCAGCAUCUUGGUUACCUGAAUUCCACAUUUCCUUCUUUCUAAACAUUUAGCAAA